CUUUUUCUCUUUUCAGCUUCAUUUUGUAUUUCUCGGCUUCUCUUCCAAUUUGCAGUUAUUUAUGCUCUGGUCAUGGUUCCUGAAGUAGAUCCAGAACAUGCUCUGAUGAUUGAAGAAAAUUAUCCGAAUCCAAUGCUAAUUGAUCCAAAAAGAGACCGCUUUCCGUGCUGCAUUGUAUGGUCACCACUUCCUGUCUUGUCUUGGUUUAUCCCCUUUAUUGGGCAUAUAGGGAUUUGCAGGGAGGAUGGCGUGAUCUUGGACUUUGCAGGGCCAAACUUUGUUUCUGUUGACAAUUUUACAUUUGGCGCACCAACUCGCUAUUUCCAAGUAAGCACAGAGCAGUGCUGCUGCCUUUCCCCUUAUUCAGCUGAACCUACGGGUGAAUAUGUCAAGAACCAUGAUGAAUCUGGAAGCGAUGUUGACACAUGGGAAUCUGCCAUAAGAAAGAGCAUUCAAGAAUUCCAACACCAAUCUUACAGCAUUUUCACUUGCAACUGCCACUCUUUUGUAGCUAAUGGUUUGAACAGGCUGGGGUUUCAGGCUGGUGGAUGGAAUGUAGUCAACCUGGCUAUUUUCAUUUAUCUCAAGGGACGUUGGGUAAAUAAAACAGCUAUGGUUAAAACCUAUUUACCGCCUCUCGUUGUGCUUGGAUUUGGACUAAUCUUUGGAGGAGGGACUUUCCUUACUUACCUGUUGAUUUUCAUGUUUGUUCUUAUCGGUUGGUUUCUCCUUGGCACAUAUUGUUUCAAGAAGUUGAUCCAUGUGUAGUCAGUCGCUCGAGAUUAUUUGAUUCCUGUAGUCUAACACUUGUAAUUUUGGACAUGAUACAAGUAACUUCUUUU